AUGGUGAUGUCACAGGGCACCUACACCUUCCUGGCCUGUUUCGCCGGCUUCUGGUUGGUCUGGGCCCUCAUCGUCAUGCUGUGCUGUUUCUGCAGCUUCCUGCAGCGCAGGUUGAAGCGCCGCCAAGAGGAGAGGCUGAGAGAGCAAUGUCUGCGAACCGUAGAGAUGGAGCCACUCAGCUGUCACCCCGCAGGAUAUCCGCCUCAACCUCCUCCUCCACCCCCACCACCACCACCUUUACAGCUGCCCAGGGAGCCACCGCAGUUCUGCCCUCCUCAGACCUUGUCACCGCCUGUUCCUCUGCAGGUUCCUCAUCCCAUGCCGCAAGCAAACUGGAUCAGCAUGCCAGACACAGACCUUUUUGGGAAGCCGCCCUGCUAUGAGGAGGCAGUUCUAAUGGAGGAUCCUCCUCCGCCCUACAGUGAGGUCUUGGCCGAUCCACGGGGGGGCACCUACCUGAAGCCUGCAACGCUCCGAGCCGCGCCACCUCGGCCUCCUCCUCCUGUCAGGGAACACCAGGAUCCUGCUCCAGUGUUCACGUCUGAGACCAGCAAGCCUCCCGUGGCGGCCGUAUUCCCUGAUAGAGGUUACUCCUCCCUAAUACGCCUGCCCUCAUCCCAGCGCUGGGACUCCCUGGGUCAUCUCCUGUCAAACAUGGACCUGAACCACAACAACCUCACCCCGCCAGGGGCCCGUCCCAUCCAGGCUGCCGCUGCGAUGGCAACCAUGCCCCGCCGAGAGCCCAGGACUCCUCAUGAUGGACUUGGGUUCCGAGGUGGAAUACAAGGACUCCAAGGAGGGAUGCAAGGACUCCAAGGGGGGAUACAGGGGUUCCAAGGAGGGUUUCAUGGGCUUCAGGGGGUCCAUGGACUGAGGGGACUGGAGCCCAGCUGUGGCCUGCCAACAGCCUUCCCCCUGCUGGGUCGUAGCACCGCUGUCUAGACCUGGAUGCUGACUGGAGGAGUCUAACUAACCAAUACGUUGGCCCAUCUCUGAAGAGCCUUCAAGCAGGAGAUCUAUUAACACAGACUUCCUGUCUGUAUGCCUCCUUUGCUGCUCCAUGUUUACAGCAGUAACACUGCAGUAGUAGAGAUUUAAUUCCCUAAAGAGCUAAAACAGGGUUAAAGUGCUGUGAAGGCUCAGUGGUUAAAUUCCCUGAUGCAGUUCUGCAGGCAAUGGGUGCCACUUACUCUGCUGGGAUCGAGGCUUUCAGCUCUGUGUAAAGGAGGAAAUGACACACCG